CUGUGCGCCGGAAGCGCUAAAAGCGUUAUAAGGAUGUCGGUGGUGUUCGUGCCGGAGAGGCUGCGGGGGAGAACGCCUACAAACGAAGAGACAAUCCAGAGGCUGUUGGAAGAAAACGACCAGCUCAUCAAAUGCAUCGUUGAAUAUCAGAACACGGGCAGAGCUACAGAAUGCUUCCAGUACCAGCAAAUAUUGCACAGAAAUCUCAUUUAUUUGGCUACGCUGGCAGAUUCUGGUUCUGUUACUGCUUCAAAACCAACGACCUGAGCAGACUUGCAUCAAACCGCUGCCACUGAUCGAGAGAUCUUUAAUUUGAUGGCGACGUUCUGAGUGAUCAGCGGCUGCUCUGGCCAGCAGAUGGUGCCAACUUCUCAUCAGAUCUAAACGCGCGUCCCGUGGGCCUCGUUUUAUCCCUCUUGUUCUCUGUGAUGAAGUCACUGUUUUGUAUUAUUGCAGUUUGUUUAGAGGUAUUAUAAAAUUCCUGAAAAUAAA